AUGUCUAUUCCUCGGCACGGGGACAGCUCUGCAGUAGCAGAUGCUAUCAUGGAAGCGGCCCGCAGGUACCCCCUUCGAGAGUUCCCCGGUGAGCGACGCCAUACCAUCACGGGAUGGAUGAUAGUUGACCUGGUAGCUAUCCCACCAUCAUCGCCGGAACGGUCCAUCACGCGGACAUUCCAAGCACGAGAGCUCAUUAAUGACGAGAUAUCAGUGCACUUGUCGGCAUUGCGGACGCAAUCAUUCUUCACCGAAAUAUACAAGCUCUUGGUCUUCUGUGAAAGACUGGGCAAUCAUAACAUGCUUGAUUGGGAUGACGAGGUCCUGAACGAGCUUGUGUGUGGGCUCGCGGACCAGGACACGGGAAUUUUGGCCUUUACAAAUGAUGAUAUCCUGUGGAAUGUAAAGGACACGCUCGAGUGCGGGAAAGUGGUUGAGCUCUUUGAGAGAGCUACCAAGAAGGGCCUCGAGAAGCUGGCCAUCUACGUCACUUGGUGCCAUUCGUCACUCUCCCAGGAGUUCUCGUUCCUCAAGAAACAUUUUCACCGAGACUCUCUCCAAAAGGUUCGCCUAGAUUAUCUCCUGGAAUCUCGGCAGGCGCCGCCCUAG